AAACACUAUGUAAGCAACAUUUAAUUACAAAAACAGCGCAUUGUACCGUAAAUGAGUGUUUUUUGUUCACUCGUUUCACCGGGACAGCUUUUCACAGGGGUUGAUUUGGAUGAAGUUCAUCAUGAGGCACAGACCUCCAGCUGCCAGUCUAAGAGGAUGAGAGGCUCCGGCUAAAGCUCAAAGGCUCCCAAGUUUUGUUUGGACGUCCAUUUCUGCUCAAACAUGGAUCUAGAAGAGGAGGAGGAGGAGCUGACGGCCAAGGCGCCCAGGGAGGUGGACGUGUUCACGUCCGUGUGCUGCCUGGGCUACCUGUCCAGCAUCAACCUGCUGGUGGCGGUGUGCGUGGGCAUGUACGUGCGCUGGGAGGUGACCGGCGAGCCCAUGAUCCUGGUCAUCUUCAUCCUGGGCCUCUUCGUGUUGGGGAUCGCCAGCAUCCUCCAUUACUACUUCGCCAUGGAGAAGGCCAGCCUCAGCCUGUACCACCUGUGGUCGGGCUUUCUGCUCGGACUCCUGUGCUUCCUCAACGGCCCCGCGCUGGACCUGAACGUCAAAGAGCUGGCGGCCGACUACCUCCUGGUGGCCAGCGUGGUCAUGAAGGCGGUGUGGGCCGCCACCGAGCGCCUGUGCGGCGCCAUGCGCCACCGGCCCGCCCUGCUGGUGCCCGCCGAGUGGCUGCAGCUGCUGGGGUUCGGCGUGGCCAGCACCGCCAUGCUCCUGCACAGCUCGGUGGCCAUCAUAGGCCUGGUGGUGGGGCUGGGGGCUCUGAUCGUGGACCUGAGGAUGAAGUCCCUCCUCGCUUUGCCCAACCUCGUCAGUUUUGCCUUAAUUACAUCCCUCGUUUUUUUCCAAGCCUUGGGCCUCCCGGCCAACCCCUACGCCUUAGGCUGCUUCCUGGGCCGGCUGCUGUGUGAGCCUCUGUUGGACGUGUACUUCAGCGUUCUGGGGCCCUGCGAGCGCUGGGUGCCAGUGCUCUCUUUGGGGAAGGUAUGGAGGAGGCUGUCCAUGUUUCCUCUGUGUGUAACCGAGCUGGCCUUCUUUGUCCUCGCUGCCUUGAAGCUCGGCCACUUGGAGCUGUGGUAUCUGGUCAUCCCGGGAUUCUGCCUUUUCGGCCUCUUCUGGGCCAUCUGCCACAUGAUUCUGCUGAUCACGAUUUGGGGCUUCCACACAAAGCUGAGCGAGUGCCAGAGGACCUGGCGAGCGCACCGCUCGAGCAGCCGGAGUUUGGCCCAAGUCAUGGCGUCCCGCGGCAUCCGGCACUUCUGCCUGAUUUCGGAGCGCCUGGCGAUCUUCUGCCUGCUGUCUACGGUGAUACUGGCGGCCGUGUCCUGGCAGCCCUCCAACGGCCUGUUUCUCAGCGCUCUGCUGGUGGUGCUGCCUCUGGAGUCCCUGACCCUCGGCCUGUUCCACGAGCUCGGCAGCUGCCUGGGGGGGACCUGUGUGGGCUACGCGCUGGUCAUUCCCACCUCGUACUGCAGCGCCGGGGGCCAGCCCGCCCUGCUGCCGGCCGGCCGGGUCCAGGAGCUGAACCUGCGCUCCACGGCCAUGCUGAACAGCGUGCAGCGCCUCUUCUCCCACCACAUGGUCCAGACCUUCGGCUGCGACUACUCCACCGGCGGCGUGUCGCUGGAGGCGGCGCAGGCCAAGCUGCGCAGCUUCCUGGAGCUGCGCACGGCCGACGGCCCCCGCCACGACACCUACCUGCUCUUCUACAGCGGGCACACGCACAAGGCCUCCGGGGCCUGGGCCCUGGCCGGGGGCGAGAGCCUCCACCUGGGCCAGCUGCUGGACAUCUGGAAGGAGAAGAACGCCGGCCAUUGCUCCCGCCUCAUCGUGGUCCUGGACACGGAGAACUCCCUCCCCUGGGUGAAGGAGGCGCGGCGGCUGGAGGGGGUGGCGCCGAGCCGGCGGCCCCCCCCCCCGGACCCGGAGGCCGGGGACCCGCCCCUGCUGGGCGACUUCACCGCCGAGUGGGUGGAGUUCAACUGCAACCCGGCCAGCGGCACGCAGUGGUCAGAGCGGGGGCGGGCGGCGGGGGCCGCGUACGGCGUGUCCAAGCGCUGGGGCGACUACACGCUGCACCUCCCCACCGGCAGCGACGUGGCCAAGCACUGGAAGACCCACUUCCCCAAGGCCACCUACCCGCUGGUCUACCUGUCCAACUGGUGCUGCGGCCUGGACCCGUUCUGGCUCUGCAGCGCCUGCCUGCGCUGCUUCCGCAGGUGCAAGCUGGCCUGGUUCCCCCCCGCCGUGCUGGACACGGGGCAGGGCAUCAAACUGGUGCACUCGUAG